AUGGUUAACAGCCGAUGUGUAAUUGCCGAGCACCGGUCACACAGGCGAUAUUUGUCAAUAUCGAACUUGUAUCGAUUAUUUGACUUUCCAGCCAAUUGCCAUCUGGAUGAAGAUUGCCUCAAUGGAGGCAAGUGUAUGAAGGAGCCUAACUCGAUCACUUCUGCCAGUUGCUAUUGUACAUAUGGAUUCUUUGGCAAGAACUGCGAACAGAGUGUGCGUAGCAAACGAUCAGCUGAUGUGGAGAUGCCACCGUUGACCGUGCCAACGUCGUCGCAUCACUUACCU